AUGCCUGGAAAAUUCAUUGAAAACUAUGACCAUGUCCCAGAGACAAAGGAGAACCUUGACUACGCGGAGCUGAUCACCCUUGAUUUGGAGCGCUAUGAGCAGCCAGGUGGAAAGGAAGAGCUUGUGAAGCAGCUAGACCAUGCGGUUAGAAAUGUUGGCUUCUUUUACGUGAAGAACUUCAACAUCAGUCAGGAAGAGGUAGAUCGCCAAUUUGCCUUUGGGCGCGAAUUUUAUGCGCUGCCACUCGAGGAAAAGCUCAAAUUCCAUAACGCCGACGAUCUUGUGAGAGGCGAGUACAAUGGAUACCGGCCAGCUGGGCACAGAAUCCUCGGAAAUGGUAUCAAAGACAAUGUCCAAGUAUACAAUAUCCCCAAGUUCGAUGGUCACCACCAACGACAGCAGCCUGCAGUUCUGGCUGAAAACAUCGCAGAAAUCGAGGCCUUUAGCCGGAAAUGUCACACUGAGGUUGUAGAAAAGCUCCUCCGCCUCUUUGCAAUUCUGCUUGAGCUUCCCGACGAGGACCAGCUCGUGCGAGACCACCAAUACGACGUCAAGGGCGAGGAUCACUUACGCUACAUGCACUAUGCAGCUCGAAGCGUAGAGGACAACAAAAAGGUGGGCGAAUUAUACAGCCCCGGCCAUACAGAUCUCGGAACCGUCACGCUGCUGUUCCGUCAGCCAGUGUCAGGUCUCCAAAUCCUCAACUCUGAGGGCCAAUGGAAAUAUGUCAAACCUCAGAAUGCCACAUUGACGGUCAAUACCUGUGAUAGUCUGACUGCUCUCACGGGUGGCUUGAUCAAGAGCAGUGUUCACCGUGUACAUGCUCCUCCCUCUGAUCAAGCCCAUAUUGACCGACUGGGUGUUCUUUACUUUGCUCGUCCCAACAAUCACAUUGUUCUGGACCCAAUCCAGAAUAGCCCAGUGCUUCAGAGACUUGGAUUGACGACUAAUGCGUUCACUGAACUGGGCCAGCAUCUCACUACUGAACAGUGGGUUCAGGUGCGACAGACUCAGCAGCAACGCCGUAACCGUGAUGUGAAGAUUUCUACCGAAGGGAAAUAUACCUACAAGCCUAAAGACCUUGAGAUUAUUCCCGGUUUGCAAGCUGCUAUCUACAACUAA